AUGGCACCCCAGGAGCACAUCCCGCCGGCCGCGAGCAUACUAGGCUGUAAGGCAUCCAAGACACGAUUCACCCCACAACAUCACGCUGACAUUACUGUACCGAUUGAAGAUGCUGGUGUGUUCAGAUCCUCCCACACCGCCGUGCCGUUCGGCAUCUACAACAUCGUGCAGAACUUCAACAUUCCAUUACAGGUCCAGCCUCAGGUCUUCUGCGCGUUGGUCCUGAUUUGUUGGGCGCAAACUCUAAUCUAUCAUGACCAUUGGAGAGUCUGGACCGCCACCCUGACUGCCGUAAUCACAGGCCUUAUCUUUGGAGGCGUCGAGGCGCUUCUAAUUCUGACCCUCAGGGGGCCCUACUCGAGAGGCGUGGAGUGGCCGAUUGUCACCGUCGGCGUUAUCGCAGCGGUGCUGCUUGCUGUGGGUCUGCUUCCCAUGUACUGGGAACAGUGGAAGCGCGAUGGAAGGGCGAAGGACAUCAGCUUCCUCUUCCUGACCACGGACUUUUGCGGUGCUGCUUUCUCGCUGCUGGCCUUGAUUGUCCAACAAACCUUCGACUACCUUGGUGGCAUCCUUUACAUUGUUUGCAUGGUCCUUGAAAUAGGCAUCAUGCUCUGGCACUUCUCCUGGGUUUACCGCAACCGCCGCACCCUCAAGGACGCCAAGCGCGCUGGCAUGACCUACGACCAGUACAUCGGCGACGAUGCGAAGCCUCCGAAGACCGCGAACUCAUACAAUACCGACGCCUCCCGCAACAACAGCCUCACGCCGCAGACCACACUCGAUAAAGCUCAUAAUAUACAGUCGGAAAAGGUUGAGGAACAGACAAGCCAACAGGCCGAUACGCAGCGUGACCUGGAGCGCGGUGCUUGA